AACCGGCUGGGAGCUGCCCCUCCCCUUGGGCGCGGAGGUAGGCACCUGGCGGGUUCCCCCGGUGGCAGACGCCGCCGCUGCACACACGGGUCCCGCGCCGCGCCGUCUGCUCCCUGCACGUCCUCCCCUCCCCGCCCGCGCCCGCCGCCAUGGACGGGCCCGCCGAGCCCCGGACCUCGGGCCUGUGGGGCACCUACGAGAACAACAUCUCGGAAAUCGGACAGAAGCUGUCGGGCGAAUACUUCCGGUACAAAGGCAUCCCCUUCCCCGUGGGCAUCUACUCCCCCGAGAGCAUCAGCAUCACGGAGAACGCGGAGGUGCAGGACGACGACAUCUUCAUCGUCACCUACCCCAAGUCAGGCACCAACUGGAUGAUCGAGAUCCUCAGCUUGAUCGUCAAGGACGGGGACCCCUCCUGGAUCCGCUCGGUGCCCAUCUGGAAGCGGGCGCCCUGGUGUGAGACCAUCAUGGGAGCCUUCAGCCUCUCGGACCAGUCCAGCCCCCGCCUCAUGAGCUCCCACCUCCCCAUCCAGCUCUUCACAAAGGCCUUCUUCAACUCCAAGGCCAAGGUCAUCUACAUGGGCCGGAACCCCCGGGACGUGGCCGUGUCGCUCUAUCACUACUCCAAGAUUGCCGGGCAGCUGAAGGACCCCGGCACCCCUGACCAGUUCCUGCAGAACUUCCUCAAAGGCGAAGUGCAGUUCGGCUCCUGGUUCGACCACAUUAAAGGCUGGAUUCGGAUGCAGGGCAAAGAGAACUUCCUGUUUAUCACCUACGAGGAGCUGCAGGAGGAUCUCCCCGGCUCCGUGCAGCGUGUCUGCCAGUUCCUGGGCCGGCAGCUGGGCGAGGAGGCGCUGGGCUCCGUGGUGGCUCACUCGGCCUUCGAUGCCAUGAAGGCCAACACCAUGUCCAACUUCUCGCUGCUGCCCCCCAGCCUGCUGGACCAGCGCCAUGGUGCCUUCCUCCGGAAAGGGGUCUGCGGGGACUGGAAGAACCACUUCACGGUGGCGCAGAGCGAAGCCUUCGACCGCGUCUACCGCGAGCAGAUGCGGGGGAUGCCGACCUUCCCCUGGGACGAGGACCCCGAGGGUGCCAGUCCGGACCCCGAACCCAGCCCCGCACCCAGCCCCAGCCCAGCCCAGGCCUCCGAGCACCCGCACCCGUGACCCCGAGAAUAAACGCAUCGCUCCUG